AUGCUCCUGGAGGAACAAGACCAGCGAGCUGCUCCGCCGGAGCCCGGCGCCUUCCAGCUGCUACUGAGGCUGCAGGAGGAGCGCCUCCGCCGCCCGCCGGUGUACCAUCCGCCGCCACCGCCGCCGCCGUGGGGCGGCGAGGAGUGGCCCCCCGAAGCCGAGCCUUGGUGCCGGGAGCUGGACAGCUGCGUCACCCACACAUCGGAGUCGAUGUCCAAGCAGGAGCCCAGCGGCGCCGCCGCCGCCGCUGCGAAGACCGUCGCCACCGGCGGCGCCGCCGUGGUGGGAAAGAGAGAAGGGCCGGCGGCGGCGAAGAGGAAGCGGAAGAGAUUGCGACGGACCGCGAGGAACGUGGAGGAGGUAGAGAGCCAGAGGAUGACGCACAUUGCGGUGGAGCGCAACCGCCGGCGGCUUAUGAACGACCACCUCACCUCCCUGCGUUCCCUCAUGCCCCCCUCGUUCGUCCAACGCGUACGUCAACGCCAUCGCCCGUUUGGUCAACGUCUCUCGUGAUUUUUACGUACCGGGCGGUUGUGGUUGGGUUGACUGGUUUCACCUCUCAGGGAGACCAGGCUUCGAUCGUGGGCGGCGCCAUUGACUUUGUUAAAGAGCUGGAGCAGCUGCUCCAGUCGCUCCAGGCUGAGAAGCAGCGGCGCUCGAGAUGGAGCGGCGGCGGCGGCGGCGGCGGCGGCGCCUCCACCGCCCCUUUCCGCGACUUCUUCGCUUCGCCGCAGUACACGACGUACACGUCACCGUUUCCCGCUGCCACCUCGCCGGCGUCGUUAUCUUCAUCGGCGUCGUCCCCCUUCGGUGCUUCGAAGGCAGAGGAGGAAGAACCCGCCGAGGGGUGCUACGGCGGCGGCGUCGCCGCCGGCGGGCGGAGGACCACGGCGGUGGCGGACGUGGAGGCCACGGUGGUGCAGGCCCACGUGAACCUUAGAGUGCUGACGCAGCGGCGGCCGGCGCAGCUUCUGAGGGCCGUGGCGGCGCUGGAGGAGCUCCAUCUGACGGUGCUCCAUCUCAACGUCACCUCCCUCGACGACUCCGUCUUCUACUGCUUCAACCUAAAGGUAAGCAAAACCCUAAUCCACCGCCAUGAUUGUACAGAAGUAGUAAGAAAAACCUUCGCCUGCUCAAGCUUUUGCCCGGGUUUGGCAGAUGGAGGAGCAGUGUGCGCUGUGCUCGGCCGACCAGAUUGCGGCGGCGGCGCAUCAGAUCUUCUCCUUCAUCAACUCCUCGUGCUGA